AUGGAGACCUCGCAGCCGUCCCUGGUUGCCCCUCCAUCUCUUCCCCAAAACUCUCCCCUAUCGCCGUAUCUCGCUGCCUUAGCCCUCUCGUCCCCCGUCUUGUCCGUUAACGACGAAGACACUAAUGGCGAGGAUAGAUCCACGCUCCUGUCCCCCGCGCUUGCUUCUCCCGCUGCGCCGAACUUCCGCUGCCGCUUCCGCACGCCGCUGUUCGGCUGCGUGGCGCUAGACGCGGUGCAGCGGGAGGUGCGCGGACGGCGCGAGCUUGCGGAGCGGGGAGCGCUGCAGGCGCAGGGGGAGGGGGGGCGGAAGCAGCAGGAGGGAAAGCAAACGGCAGCGCAAGAAAAGCGGAGACUGGCGCAGGAAAAGGGAAAGGGGACGGGGAUAAACCAGCAGCGGCUGGGGGCGGAAUCAGCAGCGGAAGGGGAGGAGGCACUGCGCAUCAGCCACGAUCUCGCCAUGUUUGUCGGAGGCCCAAUCUGGGCCGUUGAUUGGUGCCCUCUCCCUCGUUACAGUCACACCCAGUACCUCGCCGUCGCCUCUCAUCCCCAUCUGCGCCCAUUCUCCCCCAUUGGCGUCCCCCUGUGCGGACCUGCGCUGGUGCAGGUGUGGGCGGUUAGACUGGCGGAGGGGGACGGGGAAGCGGAGGGGGAGGGCGGGGGGAAAGGGGAGGGGAAAGGAGAGGGCGGAGUGGAGGGGAGUUUGCCCUGGUGGAUGCUGGCGAGCGGAAGGGGCAGGGGGAGAGGGGGGCGGAGGGGGAGAGGGGCGGGGAGAGGUACGGGGAGAGGAGUAGAAAGCGGGAGAGGGAGAGGGAGAGGGCGAGGGAGGGGGAGGGGUAAGGGGAGGGGGAGGGGAAAGGGCGGGGAUGCCACGAGCGGAGAAGCAGGAGGUGUUGGGGAGAGGCAGGAAAGUGCCGGGGGGAGCAGUGUGGGAGUGAAAAGGAAAUCUGGGGAUAUGGGGCUCGGUUCGCGAGGGUGGGAACGGGUGGAGUGGGAUGGGAGAGAGAGGAAGGUGGAAAUGAGAUGGGAGAGAGGGGAGGGUGGGGAUACAGGGAUAGGGUCAGGAGGCAGAGGAGGAAGAGGAGGAGAAGGAGAAAGAGGGGAAGGAGGAGGUGGGGGAGGAGGGAGAGAAGAAGGGGCAGAGGGGAGGAGCAAGAGAGCAGGAGGGCCUCAGGCGCAGAUGGUGCUGGGGAUUGCACACCAAGGCGGACUCACUCGCUGUGCCAGGUGGCGGCCGCUGGUUGGCGGGCGAGACAGCAGGGCAGGUCAAGGAGGAGAGGAGAGUCUUGGGUUGCUGGCGGCUGCCUUGGGAGAUGGCACAGUUGCAGUCUAUCACGUGCCACUGCCACAGCAGGACAGCAGCCGGUGGCAAGGCAUUAAACAGCAGCACCAAAAGCAGCACGAGCAGCAGCAGAAGCAGCAGCAGCAGCAGCAGCAGCACAAUCACGAGGCGCCAUGGCUGCUCCAACCGGCUCCCCACGGCCCUCUGCUCACUCUGCAACCCGUCUUCCAGUGGCAGUCCAACCCAGCCCAUGGCCCCACCAGGCUCCCCUGCGAGCUCGCGUGGAAGGUGGAUUCAGCCUCUCAUGCCGCCUCUCAUGCCGCCUCUCCUGCCUCCUCUCCUGCCGCCUCUCCUGCUUCCUCUCCUGCCACAUCAUGCUCCCCACAUCGCGCCACCGACCUCCUUGCUGCCGGCUUCCAGGAUGGUUCCGUCCGUAAUGACCCUCCCCACCUGUAA